UCCAAAAUGGCGGCGCCCUUGAGGUGUGCAGUACGAGCUAUUUCAUUGUAUAAAGAUGUAUCUAUAGUGAGGAGUGUGUCAGUCGUUCCUUCUGUAGCAGGGAAGGUGCUGAUGACAUCACAGCUCAACCAACCAACCAGCAGCCAGCCCUGCAGACAUGUCAGCUUCAUCAAUAAGUUAACCGCUGACCAGCUGUGGAAAGGUGUUUUAGCUGAAGGGUCGGGAGCUCUGAGACGAGCUCGAGGCAAAAGAACCAAGAAGAGGACCAAGAGAGAUCUCAACAUAGGCCAGAUCAUUGGUGAAGGAAAAGACGCGUACGUGUGGCCUGGUCUGAACGCUCCCGUCAUGACGGCCGGAGUGGUCCAUGGAAUCCAGAAGAAGGACAACGACCCUGAGCGGGAGAGGAAACUGAUCGAGGAGAGAGAUGCCUGGUACAAGAUGAAGUCCAAACGGCUGAAGAGAGAGCGAGGCUGGACCGGGGGAACGUUAGGAGGCACCAGCCUGGGCUCACCUGAUCCCAUAGGGAAAAGAACAUUUGAAGACUUUGAAGCAAGAGUAUUAGAGGUGCGUAAUGUGUUCAACAUGACGGCUAACAUGGGCAGGAAGAGGUCAGUACGAGCCCUGGUGGUGGUGGGCAACAGGAAGGGAGCUGCAGGGUUUGCUGUUGGAAAAGCUCAAGAUGCAAGAACAGCCCUGAAAAAGGCAAAGAACAAGGCAGUGAAUGUGCUGUACUACAUUGAGAGGUACAACAACCAUACAAUUUACCAUGACAUUGACGUGACCUUCCAGAACACCAGAAUCAAAAUGAGGAAGCAAAACAGAGGCUAUGGCCUGCAGUGUCACAGGAUUCUACAGACAUGUGGUCGGCUGAUCGGACUAGAAGACAUGUACGGUCGGGUCCUGGGCUCCAAAAACCCCCUCAGUAUUGUCCACUGUUUCUUCAAGGGACUAACCAAAGAACAGGAAACUCACCAGCAGCUGGCUGACAGGAAGGGCCUGCACGUGGUGGAGUUCCGACAGGAGUGCGGGAUGCGCCCCAUCGUGGUGGCCUCGCCCAGCGACGGGAAGGUUCGCGAGGAACCUGAGUCUGACGACGACAUCCCAGACAUCAGUCUGGACGUCAAGGAUGUGAAGAAGAAGGAAGGUCUCUACAAGAGCCCCUGGGAAGGCAUCUACAGGAGGGAGUUCAGAUUCUAAGAUACCAGCAGAUGGAAUAGUAAAUGAUUCUACACCUUACCGCUCAGUACAUGUAAUGACAGCUAGAUAUAUACGUUCAUAUUUAAAAGAUCUAUUUCAUGUUUUUGUCCAUUUCUUUGCUGUAGGUGUAGUUUCUAGCAAUCUAUGAUGUUUAAUUUGUGGUGUAAGAUGUGAUGUUUAAUUUGGAGGUCACCACAAAAACUGCCAACUAGUUAAAAAGAUUACACAAUAGGCAAGAAUGAAUGACAAUAACUUGAUUUCUUGUUUUAUUGCUAGAUCAACAAAUGUCUAGUUCACUACAGUCAUUAUAGCACCCAUUCAGUGACAGUACCGGUAACAUACAAUUUACAAAUCCCUCUUCUCUUGUGAUACAAGGUACAUGAAGCAUUGUGUCUACAGUUACAGUAUCCCACCAAUAUGCUGAAGCUUCUUCCAAGUCACUGGUCUCGAAUUAUUACCUGUCUUUUAAUAAUCUUUAUUUAGAAUUUAGAAUUCACCUUAACAGAAGGUAUUUCAAAAAUUGCAGUUGCUUUGCAACAUUUUGAGCACCAAGACCCUCUUUUUUCAAUGUCAUCUAGACAUUAUACUACAGGCUGUGUAACUACAUUCUCUGCUAGCAUGCCAAUCCAGCACUUAUACAGACAUGCUCACAAAACAAGCCUUUAAAGACUAGAAUCAGAAGGAUUCAUCUGACAUUACAAUUUGUGAUUUUGGAACAUUUGUAUAGCUGUUUUUAUUUAUACCACAUCUUUCAAGUAUUGACAAUAAAGUCAUGGUAUGAAAUAGGCCAUGUACAUGUA